GACUUCUCCUUUAACUUCCCGAUCAAUUCUUGUGACCUUUAAUCAAUCUUCACUUUGAUCUUCAUUUACAACAGCUGAAACAUUACAAUCAACAUGGAAUCUCUCAGAAACGCAGCAACUGCAGCCGCUAGCUACGUCGGCUUGGGCGGCACUCCCGAGGAGAACAGAGAAGGCGAAACUAGCCAUAUCGCUGGUGGAGAAGCUCCCCAGAAUGUAGCUACUGGCACCUCUCAGUCUGGCAUCGAGCCUGUCUCAGGCAAGCUUGGUCGUGGUGAGGCCGGUGAACCUUACGAUGCUGGCAAUUUGGACGGUGCUGCUGGACUUGGCGGCAGCUCUGCUCAGAACCCCUCCGGUUACACCUCCCAAUCGACUGGACACAACACCCACAGCACAGGCACAGGCCUCGGCAGCGGCCUGACUGGCAACAGUGGCAACAGUGGUCUCACAGGCAACAGCGGACUUACUGGUUCUGGCCUCGGCUCGAGCACAACCUCUAGAAACGAACCUGUCAAAGAGAAGAUCCGUGAGACUUUUGGCGUUGGUGGUGGUAACAAGCACGGCACCGGCUUGGGUGGUCGCGAGGAAGGACCUGGAUAUGGCACAGGUUCGAAGCGUGACAAGGACAGCUCAUUGGGCUCCGUCAUUGGACACGGCUCCAACCCCGACAAGUACCUUUACGACUCGAAGACAGCCCCUGGACUUGGUGGACACCGCAUUGGCGACGACUUCACCAGCUCAAACACCAGACAUGCGGGCGCAGACUUCCUUCCUGCCAGCCUCGGCUCUGACGCUGCUGCGGGAAGAGCCAAGCAUUCUUCCGGAUCUCACUCAUCGUCCGGCGGCUUGACCUCAGGCCGUUCCGAGAACGACAGAUAUGCUUCUGGAACCAGCACUUCAUCUGGAACUGGUGAGAGUCUGACCCAGAAGGCUAAGGACUACCUCCCCGGCACUAGCACCCACUCGAGCUCCAACCAAGACUCAGCUCUUGCUGGUGCUAGAUCCGUAAUCUCUGGCUCUGGACGUAACGAGCCUGGCUACGACAGCUCUAACUACGGAUCUAGCAACACCUCAUCUCUUCCCGUCCGCACUCACGACUCUACCCUGACUGGUGACAGAGGCCUUUCUAGCAGUGGCGUCGGAGCAACUGGCUCGGGCCUCACAGGUACCGGCUCAUCAGGUCUCUCUGGCACAGGAUCGUCAGGCCUUACCGGUGGCCUUACUGGUUCCAGCACGACUAGUACCGGAUCAGGUCUCACUGGCUCGCACACCCACAGCCACGGUCUUGGUGAUGCUGCCUGUGAAGCAGAGCAAGAGGGAUACAAGCCCCACGGUGGUCACCCAAUUGGUGAAGCCGCACACACCACAGGACAGCAGACUUGGUUGGACUACCGCAACGACCCAACCCUGCCUGUCGCUCGUGCCAACCCAGCCGACUUGUAAGGUGCUUUGCACCAACUUUGCCUAGCAUAACGGCAUAACGAAGAAGGGCUGGUUGGUGGGUGAUGUACAUGCUACUGCUGUUUAUGAUUAUGAAAAGCAAGAUCGCUCAGCUCAUCGGUCUAUAUAUGAUAACGAGUAUUUCCCUGUGCU